CCGUUUUUCUAUCUAGCACUCUGUCAAAACCUAAGCCAGCACACGUUAUAUCCGGUGGAGAGACUCGCAGGAGUUUGACAACAUGGCAGCGUUUGGAGAAAUGGGAGUGAUGCCUGAAAUUGCACAGGCGGUGGAAGAAAUGGACUGGCUGUUGCCAACAGACAUUCAGGCCGAGUCUAUCCCUCUGAUUCUGGGCGGAGGAGACGUGCUCAUGGCUGCUGAGACUGGGAGCGGAAAAACUGGGGCCUUCAGUAUUCCAGUCAUCCAAAUAGUCUAUGAGACCCUUAAAGACCAGCAGGAGGGGAAGAAGGGACGCAGUGCUGUAAAGACAGGAGGAGCAGUUUUCAAUAAAUGGCAGAUGAACCCCUAUGACAGAAGUCCAGCAUUUGCUAUUGGUCCAGAUGGCCUGUGCUGUCAGAGCAGAGAGUUCAAAGAGUGGCAUGGCUGUCGUUCCACCAAAGCAGUCACAAAAGGGAAGUAUUAUUAUGAAGUAACCUGUAAUGAUCAAGGGCUGUGCAGGGUGGGCUGGUCUACGGGCCUGGCAUCACUGGACUUAGGAACGGACAAAUAUGGAUUUGGCUUCGGAGGAACUGGAAAGAAAUCUCACAAUAAGCAGUUUGAUAGUUAUGGAGAGGAGUUCACGAUGCACGACACCAUUGGAUGCUACAUAGAUCAAGAUAAAGGCCAAGUUUCAUUCUCCAAAAAUGGUAAUGAUCUGGGUCUGGCUUUUGAGAUCCCUUCCCAGCUGAAAAGCCAGCCCUUCUUUGCUUCCUGUGUGCUGAAGAAUGGUGAACUGAAAUUCAACUUUGGUGAUGAACCUUUCAAAAACCAACCUAAGGAUGGAUAUGUGGCCCUGAACCAGGCUUCAGACGGUCAUGUGGUCAAAUCCAGCCAGACAGGCAGUGCUAAAGUGAGUCAGGUCAAAUCCAGUUCGAACGCCCCCAAAGCUCUCAUCAUCGAACCGUCUAAAGAGCUAGCUGAACAAACACUCAAUAAUGUCAACCAGUUCAAGAAAUAUGUUGAUAACCCCAAACUGAGGGAUCUUCUGAUCAUCGGAGGAGUGGCUGCUAAAGAGCAGCUCUCCAUUUUAGAAAGCGGAGUUGAUAUUGUGGUUGGGACCCCUGGCAGACUGGAUGACCUCAUAUCCACAGGAAAGCUGGAUCUUUGUCAAGUCCGCUUCCUGGUGCUGGAUGAGUGUGAUGGACUCCUCACAGCUGGCUACACUGACUUCAUCAUGAGGAUCUACAACCAGAUCCCACAGGUUACUUCAGACGGCAAAAGACUGCAGGUGAUCGUUUGCUCUGCUACACUGCACUCAUUUGAUGUGAAGAAGCUCUCGGAGAAGAUCAUGCAUUUCCCCACAUGGGUGGAUCUGAAGGGAGAAGAUUCUGUACCAGAGACGGUCCAUCAUGUGGUGGUGCCAGUCAACCCUAAAAAAGACAGAAUUUGGGAGAAACUGGGGAAAAACCACAUUCGGACUGAUGAAGUUCAUGCCAAGGAUGACACUCGACCUGGAAGCAACACUUCAGAGAUGUGGUCAGAGGCCAUUAAGAUUCUGAAGGGAGAGUAUGCCAUCAGAGCCAUUAAGGAGCAUAAGAUGGAUCAGGCCAUCAUCUUUUGCAGGACGAAGAUUGACUGCGAUAAUAUGGAGCAGUACUUUAUCAAACAGGGAGGAGGUCCAGACAAGAAAGGACACCCAUUCUCUUGUGUCUGUCUUCACGGCGACAGGAAACCAAAUGAGCGCAAAUAUAACUUGGAGCAAUUCAAGAAACAGGAAGUAAAGUUUCUGAUUUGCACCGAUGUGGCUGCUAGAGGAAUUGAUAUUCGUGGCGUUCCUUAUGUGAUAAAUGUAACUCUACCAGAUGAGAAGCAGAACUAUGUUCAUCGCAUUGGAAGAGUUGGCAGAGCGGACAGGAUGGGUUUGGCUAUAUCUCUGGUCGCUAUGGAGAAAGAGAAGGUGUGGUACCAUGUUUGUGCCAGCAGAGGAAAAAGCUGCAAUAACACCAGACUCAAAGAGAAUGGAGGAUGUACUAUUUGGUACAAUGAGAAAGAGUUGUUGGCAGAAAUCGAGGAACAUCUGAAAUGCACCAUUACUCAGUGUGAACCUGACAUCAAAGUACCUGUGGAUGAAUUUGAUGGCAAAGUGACUUAUGGGCAGCGCAGGACUGGUGGGGCUGGUCUUUAUAAGGGCCAUGUGGAUAUACUGGCCCCGACCGUACGGGAACUAGCCAACCUGGAGAGAGAAGCACAAACGUCCUUCCUUCAUCUCAGCUAUCUUCCCAACCAGCUCUUUAAAGCCUUCUAGAGCAUACUUGCAUACUUCACACUGAAAUAACCACAAAGGAAGAUGCCACCGGCCAAGAACAAGUCCCUAACUUUACAUAAUACAAAUAUUUAAUUUCUGGUUGAUGAGGUUUGACAUGCAAAAGAAAUUAGCUUGUGCUGUUAAUGAUUUGUGUUUUCUUUAAUAAUUUAAGAAAUGUAAAAAAAAACAAA